AUGGCUUCUCCAUCCUACGCCUCAGAGCUUCAGAUCGCCCAAUUGGCCGUUCAGCGUGCUACGAUUCUCACCAAGCGCGUCUUUCACGAAAAGGCAAAGGGAACUGUUGAUAAGAAUGAUAAGAGCCCUGUCACCAUUGGCGACUUUGGCGCCCAGGCCCUCAUCAUUGCCGCUCUCCGCCACAACUUCCCUGACGACGCUAUCGUCGCCGAGGAGGAAGCUGCGCAGCUCCGUGACGAUGCAAACCUGAAGCAGACUAUCUGGGAACUCGUCAGCUCUACAAAGCUCGACGAUGAAGAUGCUGAGAAGCAACUCGGUGGCCCUAUUAAGGAUGUUGACGAUAUGUUGGAAUUGAUCGAUAGAGGUGGCAGCCAGGGUGGUUCCAGCGGUCGUAUCUGGGCCAUCGAUCCCAUUGACGGUACAAAGGGCUUCCUCCGUGGUGGUCAAUACGCUGUCUGCCUUGGUCUCAUGGUUGACGGUGACGUCAAGGUCGGUGUCCUUGGCUGCCCUAACCUCCCAGUUGACGACUCAGCCCGUCUUACCUCCGACAUUGGCUCCAAUGCCACCGAUGAGGGUCGUGGUGUUAUCUUCUCUGCUGUGCAGGGCCAUGGCGCGAACAGCCGACCUCUUGCUUCUGGCGCUCUUGCUGCCGAAAAGCCCAUCUCCAUGCGAAGCAUUGAUGAUCUGUCAAAGGCUACCUUCUGCGAGAGUGUCGAGGCUGGCCACUCAGCGCACGACGACCAGGCCCUUAUCUCGAAGAAGCUCGGUAUUACCCAGGAGAGUGUCCGCAUGGACAGUCAGGCUAAGUAUGGCUCUAUUGCCCGCGGUGCUGGCGACAUCUACCUCCGUCUGCCUGUCAAAGCCACAUAUCAGGAGAAGAUCUGGGAUCACGCUGCCGGCGACCUCAUUGUUCGUGAGGCUGGCGGCCAAGUAACUGACAUUCACGGAAAGCGUCUCGACUUCAGCGUAGGACGCACUCUGGCCAACAACAAGGGCGUCAUUGCCGCUCCUGCUGCUGUUCACAGCAAGGUUCUUGAAGCUGUCCAGGAGGUUCUGAGCGCCAAACAGUCAUAA